AUGGAGCAGGCAAUAGAAUUUGAAUGGCUUCCCACACGAUGCACUUGUUGCAAGAGUUUAGGCCAUACUGUAUCAAGUUGUAAACAUGCUAAGGAGGUAGUUUGGAAGCCAAAACAGCAGGUUACAAGUUCAGAUAAAGGGGAUUCUAGGGGAGACACUGAUCUGUGCGAGUCAGGGCUUGAGAACAAAUCAAAGGAUUCUAACCAAUUGAUUUCUGAUAAGGAUGCUCAGAAAACUAGUAAGGGAGCACAGUUGGCUGUUAAGGGUGACCCGAAGUCUGGUAUGACAGCAUCAGCUGCAGCAGUAAAAGAGGAGAAUCAAGAAGAGGUUUCAAAGAAGAAAUUACAAGAGAACCAGCAAUCUAAUGAAGGGAUUAAUAAGGUUGAGGAAAUGAUGAAGGAUAUUUUCUUGGGUUGGAAUUGGUACAGCAGUCGGGCAGUGGAAGGUAGAAUUUUGUUGGUUUGGAAACAAGAUAUAGUUCAAGUUACUAUUACUCAGGAGAUGGACCAACUAAUCAAUUGUGAAGUGAAGAUCAAGGGUGUUAAUCAAACAUCUUAUCUGUCUUUUGUGUAUGGUAGAAAAUCAGUGGAGGAGAGGAAAAAUCUCUCGGAUCAAUUACACUUGCCUCAGGUUAAUAUUAGGCCUUGGUUGGUUGUUGGGGACUUCAAUGCAGUUUUUGAAUUUGAUGAUCGUAUUGGAGGUAGAAUGGUAACUGCCUUGGAAGUAGAAGAUAGUCGACAAUGGAGGGCUAAAACAAUGUUGAAUGAAUUAAGGUCUAGUGGCUCUUUCUUUACUUGGUCUAACAAACAAAAAGAAGGUUCAAGAAUCUUCUCUAAGUUGGACAGAGUUCUUAUUAAUGAAAUGUGGCUUGAUAUCUUUCCGAAUUCAGAGGCUCGGAUUAACUGGGAUACAAUAUCUGAUCAUUGUUAUUGUCUCAUCAAAACAGUUCAAUUUCAGGAUUCAGGGAUUAGGCCAUUCAGAUACUACAAUAUGUGGGCUACUCAUAAGGACUUUCGGAGUACUGUCUUGAAUAUAUGGUCUAAACCAACUGGUGGUUAUGCAAUCUCCUCUUCGAGUUUGUUACAGCAGGAAGAGAUUAAGGCUGCAACUGAGUAUGUUAGAAUGUCUAAAUUGUAUGAGAGUUUCCUGAGGCAAAAAAGAAAAAUUAAUUGGCUUAGAUUUGGUGAUGAGAACACAACUUAUUUCCAUGGUAGUCUGAAACAGAGGAGAAUGAGGAAUCGUAUCACUAGUUUUAUAAAUGAUGAGGGUCAGAUUGUUGAGAAUUAUUCAGAGCUGGGGUCGGUUUUAUCUUUGGAGCAACAAUUAAUGCUGAUACAACCAUUUACUAAGAAGGGUGUUAAGAGAGAUUUAUUCAGUAUCCACUCCAUCAAAAGUCCUGGCCCAGAUGGUUUUGGCUCAGGUUUUUAUAAAGCCCUCUGGAAAGAUAUAAGGGAAGACAUUUCUGAGGCUAUUUUAAUGUUCUUUGAGCGUGGAGUGAUUCCUGCUGAGUUGAAUGGGACUAUCUUAUCUCUUAUUCCUAAGGUUGACUCUCCCACUAAAGCCACUUAUUAUAGACCCAUAGCCUACUGUAACACUCUCUAUAAAUGUAUUUCUAAGAUGAUUUGUUUCCGAUUGGCUAAUGUUCUCCCUGUUAUUAUUCAUCAAAAUCAAGGAGCUUUUAUAAAGAAUAGACAGCUUGCUCAUAAUAUUUUAAUUCUUCAAGACAUUCUCCAUGGCUAUACUAGGAAGAAUAUUUCUCCCCGAUGUGUGCUAAAAAUUGAUCUCAGUAGGGCGUAUGAUUCUAUUGAUUGGGUCUUUAUGGAGGAUAUCUUGAGAGCUUUUUGUUUCCCUAGAAGGUUUAUUCAAUGGAUAAUGACUUGCUUGACAGGUACUUCUUAUACUCUUAUGUUCAAUGGGAGAUUACAAGGAAGUUUUGAAGGGAGGAAAGGAUUAAGACAAGGAGACCCUAUCUCUCCUCUGAUUUUUGUACUGGUUAAGGAGUAUCUCACAAGACUUCUAAAGCAAGCUUCUCAUCAAAGAGAGUUUAGAUUUCAUCCCAUGUGUAAGCAUUUGCAACUUGUUAAUUUGUGUUUUGCGGAUGAUUUGAUUCUGUUUUGUAAGGGGAAUUUUAGAUCUGUUCAGAUUUUAUUUGAUCGAUUUUUGAACUUUUUCCAUUGCUUUGGUCUAGCUGCUAAUUUGAGUAAAUCUCAAAUAUUCUUUGGGGGCGUGGCAGCUGAGGUUAAGAAUGAUAUUCUUAAGUUUGUUGCUCUUGGAGAGGGGAAUUUUCCUAUGAAGUAUCUGGGGGUUUGCCUUCCUAAAGUUUUGGGUGGCCUGGGUUUUAAGGAGGGAUUUAAUUGGAAUAAAGUUCUUUUGGCUAAAUAUCUUUGGGCUUUGUCUUCUAAACAAGACUUGUUAUGGGUGAAAUGGAUUGAUGGAGUCUAUCUAAAAGGUAAUUCUUUCUGGUCUUAUCAGUUGAAACCAGAUGUUAGUUGGUAUUGGCGUAAAUUGUGUAACUUGAGAGAGACCUUUACUGAAAUGGAUUUAGAGGCAGCGGUUGUUCUUGGUAAUCUGAAAUUGAAGUCCCUGUAUAGUAGCAUGCUUCAGAGGUAUUCUGUUGGGUUUGCUAAGGCAGUGUGGUGUAGUCUUUCUGUGCCCAAGCAUCGUUUUAUUCUUUGGCAAUUAGUUCUUGGCCAUUUACUGACUAGGAAUAAUCUGGUUUGGUGCCGAAUUGAUGUUAGCUCUAAGAUCUGUCUGGUUUGGGAGCUGCUUAAGCAUUGGUUAAGUCCUGGUAUUUGGCCAAAUCAAUGGGACAAUUGGAAGCAGUGGUUAGAAGGGAAGCCUAAAAAUAUGAUGCAUCGAAUUUAUGUAGCUUCUUUGGCAGCUGCGAUUGCAGGGUCGGUUGAGCCUAAAAGAUCUGAACAAGAAUUGUUGUCUCUCUGA